CGAACCUGCAACUCUAUCAACUUCAAAUUCAUAAUCAAGUCCUUAAACCUUCAAGUUCCCUCAAGAUGCACAUCACAACCGUCAUUGCUGUUGCCCUCGGCAUCGCCACCAGCGUCACCGCUGCCCCGGUCUUGUCGCCUCGCAACACCGUCAUUUAUGCUACGUUCUAUGACGACAACGCCUGCACUCAAAACCCAGGCGAGGCUGUCAGCUGCAACAACCCGGGAUGCUUGAACGAAAAUGGCCGUCACUCCAUCUAUUUCCAGAAGGCUUCUACCGACAACAUCUACAACCUGGUCUUCAGCCCCUCCCCUAACUGCCCGUGUCAAAAUCACUGCGAGACUGCCAUCGUCGGACUCAAGUACCUGCCGCGUUGCGAGAGCCUCGACGGUAAACCCAACGCCGAAUCCUUCCGUUUCAUCCAGGGCCGUUGCGAUGCCGACAACUGCUAGGAGCUUGUCGAACGACGAAGGUGACAUACUAGCGGUACACCAGAUAUGAAUCGGCGAACGGUCUUGGUGGCAGAUGUUGGGUUACUUGAAAUAGCUCUACCAACAAUGAUUCAU